UUUUGGAAGUAAACAAACGGGCAGCGGAGGGUAAACAGCGCGUUGUCUUAUUACACAUUUUUCCCUUACCUUGCUGGCGCAAGGAAUAGUUGUCCGUAUUAACUGUGGCGCAGGAGAGGGAAGAUUACAGAAUGAGCACUGGACAGGAACAAAGGGAGGGGCAGGAGAUUGGUGAGGGAGGAGCACAAGACUCACAAGAGAAGGCCAGAGUACGUAGGAGCAAAAAGCCAGAGAUUCAAUUGUACAGGCCUGGUGCUCUCCGCAGCCUUCGCUCCAACAGUUCUAGUGACUUUCCUCCUCAGAGUCCAGAGAGCCACACCACAAAGCCUGACACUGUGGUGGAGGCCAGUGAUGAGAGACAGAAGAACGACAUACCAAGGAGGACAUCUGUCAAGGGAAGAAAAGAAAGGAAGAAUGCAAAAGAGAGUGCAGGUGGAAAGGGAGAUGACAGUGGGGAGAAGGACAAGAGAAGUGUAAAAGAGGUUGAUAGACUUUCACCAAGUAAAGAAGGUGAUAAUAGCAUUGGGGCUACACAUUCAUCAGUUAAAAGUGAGGAAAGGCCAUCUUCUAGCAAGUUGCUAAUGGAACGCUCCCAUUCUCAGUCUGACAACUAUAUAGCUAGUAAUAUGCGGCCUACCAAAGAAAACCGCCACCCACAACCUGCUAGACACAGUAAAGAGACAGACCCAGUACCCAAGUCUGUCACAGAGAAUAAAGAAAGUAAGGCUGAGGAGAGGAUUGCAUCAGCCACCACUGAUGACAGAGCCAGUGGGAGGAAGAACCCUAAUACAUCCAACUACAUGCAUCAGGAGCACAGUGAAAAAAGCUCAGGUGAAAAAAUGAGACCAGAUAAUCCUGUUGGUAGACUGUUUGGCAAAAGUUUGGUAAUACAGAAUGAGAAGAAUGCUCAUGAAAGAAAGCCUGCGAGAAGAGAAGAAAGGAGGCGUGGAAAACCAGAAAAACAGCCUGGGACAGAAGCUGCGGCCAGACCACACAGUACUGAAAAACAGUUUGCUGAGAGGCCAAGUAGCCACCACAUUAAGAGUUCAGCAGCUCAUCAGGGACGACUGAGAAAUAACAAAAACAACAAGGACUAUUAUGCGUGGGUACCAGAAAUAGUUGAUGCCAAGAGUGAUCAGAAGACCAGCCCAGAGAAACCUAACACAAAGGGGGAAAAAUCACGUUUUGGAAAGCCUUCACUCACAACAGAAACCACUCCUCAGAAUGACCAACCAAGAGGAAGGGCCAGUGAAAAGAUAGCAGAAGGUGAGGGGAAGCCUGGAGGUCCAAGGCACAAUAACAAGGAUAAAUUUGAAGGAACCAAGCCAGAUAACAGUAAAGGGAAUUAUGAACAGCCUUAUUCAAAGAAAGAGGAGUCAAGGGGUAGCAAGUGGACCCAGAAAAUCCAGGAUAAGGCAGACUCAGAAACUCUACCAGAUAUUGAAAGCUUAAAACUGUAUGACAGUGACUCAAAAAGUGUGCAGGAACUAGCAGCUAAGGUGGAUCAGCUAGUCUGCAGCAAGAACAUGGGAAAGUCCCCCAGUUCCAAGAAGAAAGGUCGAGGUUGGUCUGAUUAUCAAGUUGAAACGAAGGAUUAUCUUCAUGCAGACAAUAAAAAAGGUACUUUGCUGGAUGAUCAUACUUCCAUUAGUACUUCGGAGUCCCUAGAGAAGGGAAAGACAGGAAACAAAAGUGAGGGUAAGGUUUCUCCUGUCAGCACAGCAAGAAAAGAGAACAAUGAGAAGACACCACGAGCCAAGAGCUACCUAAGUGCCAGGGAAAGUAGAAAGAAGAGAGGGAAUAGCAAAACUCAUAGUCCAGGAAACCUCCCAUCCAGCCUUAGAGAGGAACUUAAGAUUGAAGCAUCAGCAAACAGGGACUCUCAUGAGAGAGUUACUCAUCUCUCCCAGAAAAGUGAGUCUAAUUCCAGUGAGCAUGGGAAGCCACAGCAGGGACGAGGAGGCUCAGAGCCUCCCAUUAGUAAAAAGACAGAGGAAACACCACCCCACUCUCAGAAAGGAACAGUUACCCUCAAGAACAAAUCACCCAGAUACAACAAACCAUCUGGCAGUUUACAUGGAGAAAAGUUUGCCUCUAGUAAAUAUGAUAGUGAGGAUGAUAUGAUGCUACAUGAUGCUGAUGAUGAUUGGGGGAAGGAAGUGGACCAUGACAUGACUUGGUGCAACCAGCCAGAGGGGAAGGGUAGACUCCAGUCUUGGGAGGAUGAAAAGCUGUCGUGGAGGAACAGGAGGGUGAAGCACCACUCAGAGGGAGAGGAGCCACGCCAGAGGGUGGAUAGCCCUGGUCGCAGAGGUGGGUUAAUACAAUUGCCAACCACCUCUAGUACAGAGGCUUCUGUCCCAGAACCAACAGUCCCUCGUCAGGCUGCCACCCCAUCAACAGUCAUACAGAAGCACUUGUAUAACCCCAACAACCCCAGUAAGCCAGUGGCGGUGGUGCCCAGUGCCCGGGACUUGCCAGUGAGCCGUGAGACACAGCGGGGUGGCAGCUGGGGUAGCUCUGGGGAGGGUGUGUCUGGGUCAUCCUUCCAGCAAGGAGGACAGGUCAGUGAGUACCACAUGGAGGGCAGCAGCACCAAAGUGGAUCCCAGCCUGUUAUACAGUAUCAGCAAGGGGGAGAUGGAUAUCAGUUAUUAUGUCAGCAGUAACCAGCUGCCUGUGGAAUUCCGACGCAUCAUGGACAUACGAAUGCACCUUCAGGGAUGCUAUCGGCAACUCCUUGUGUCUGAUAUUCGUCUGUGCCAGGAGAAAAACAUUGAAGGUGGCCUUUGGAAGAGCCUUUACUACAUCAUCAUUGAGAAGCUGAGGGAGUACAUCAACCGAGACGCAAGCUUGAAGGAACGCAGCCUGGCCACCCUCCUGAUGCUGGUGGAGGAGGGCUUGCGCUACCUCCAAGAUCUCCUGGAUGCCCUGCAGCGGGAGUAUGGCUUUACCUUAGAGGACUACCUGGAGGAGGAAGGGGAGGUGAGGGGCCGGGUGAGGAUGGCACUGCUCUCGGCCCAGAAGCUGCUCCUGUCCCUGGGGGAUCUGGCACGCUACAGGGAGCAGUAUAAUGCUUCACCAAACUACAAUAUUGCCAAAAAGUGGUACCAGAUGGCUCUCCAGGUGUACCCGCGGAAUGGCCGACCCUUCAACCAGCUGGCUAUUAUUGCAUUCAGUCAGAAGCGGCCGCUGGAUGUUGUUUAUUACUACAUCCGCUCCCUCACAGCCUCCAACCCCAUCAUGUCUGCCCGAGAUGCCCUUGUGGCCAUGUUUGAUGACAUCAGGAAGAGGUACGUGUCAGUGCAGCAGUCUGAGCCGCAUCCUGAAGGCACAAGGAGCAGCCUGGGCCGGUCUCUGAGCCAUGAAGGUCUGAGGCAGGAGCUGUGGAUCAGGCCAGACUCUGGAGUCACCAACUGCCGGACACUGUCCCACUCCAACAAUGAGGAAAGCAGUGACAAGGAUGAUGACCUAAAGAAAAUGCCAGUGGAGCAGCUGAUGAAGCAGUUCCUGGCCAGCUACCUGCACUGCCACGGGAUGCUGUUCUCCGGUGUGGGUCUGGAUGGGUUCCGUGAUUGCUGCUUCAAUAUGCUGCAGGAGUUCUCUGUGUUGCUGAGAGCCUCCCCUCCCCGUCUCUCCACCAGCCACCUGCUGCAGAUCAUGGCUAUAAAUAUGUAUGCCAUUACCAACACUGAACUGAAGGACGCGCGGGUGGAGGACAGCGGGUACCGGUCGGCGGCGCAGGAGCUGGCCCUUGUGUUGGCCCAGGAGAUGAUGGGCCAGCUGGUGCGGGUGGUGGUGGAGAUGAUGCCCCAACACGUCCACCAUCAUCCGCCGCCCUCCCCGACCUCGCCAGCCUCCGCCACCACCGCCUCCUCCUCGCCCCCUGACGCCGCCGACGCCUUCAGACUCUUCUCCCCCACACUGGAGCACUUCAUGCCUCCCCUUAAGGCGUGGUGUGACUGGCUCCUCUACCACAGCCCCGUCUGGAACCCGCCGCCCCCUGUCGCUAGGGACUACAGCGUAGACGGGGAGGACACGUGGGCCAGUGUUGCAGAGCUGGCCACCAUCCUGCGGGGCUUUGGGAACGCCUGAUGUCACCCUCACGCAGUCUACAUCAGGCAGUAGUGCGUCCCCGGGAGACCUAGUGCCCCUCAGACUCACAGAGGAUACCUUCCUGCGGGGUUACGAACCUCUGCUAUCUGCCCACGCCUCCAUAUUUUUCGCUCCAUCCACUGCUCUAACGGGCCGGGCACGGGACUGGGCUCGGGUGGCAAGGCUGCAGACGUGCUUGUGUCAGUUCCUGUGUGGUGUGGACCCUCCUGUGCUCCGCCUGCAGAAGACUGACAGAGGGGAUGUGUUGGUGUCUGUGGUUGACACUUCCCCGCCACCCUCCCCUGCUGCUGCCAAGGGUUCCUUCAGUGGAUCUGACGUGGAGGUGGAGGAGUCCCUGAGUGAGAGUGAGACGUCAGAAUGUGGAGAGGAGGAGCAGGAGUUGGAGGGAGGGAUGGAGGAAGAUGGUCUCUCCUCCACUGUCAAGCUGCUGAAGAGGAGGAAGAAGAUGCUUGAGAGGAAACAUCGUCAGCAGAAACGAUUACAUAGUCUCCUGGAGGGCUCGGUCACGCUAGAGAUGGAGGUCCGUCCCCGAUACCUUGUGCCGGACACCAACUGCUUCAUCGAACACCUUGAUGUGGUGCAGGACCUGGCCGUCGGUCCCUACACAGUAAUGGUCCCUCUUGUCGUACUGAACGAGCUCGAUGGACUGUCCCGAGACGCUGUGGUUGCCAAGUACCGGUCUGUAGGGCACGCCGUGAGGGUGAGGGAGGGCGCCGCCACAGCUCUGCACUACCUGAGAACAUCGCGGCCGCAGUCGAUCAAGUGUGUCACCUCGCAGGGCUCCGUGCUCUCCUCCACGCUCUUCACCUCCGAGAUGGACCUACCCGACGCCACUAACGACGACAAAAUCCUCUCUUGCUGCGUCCACUUCUGCAGUGACUCCACCCAGAGGCGCCCCAUCCGAGCGGGCGUGCGACGGCUGUACCGGGAAGUUGUACUGCUGACGGAGGACCGCAACCUGAGGGUGAAGGCUCACGCGCGGGACGUGCCCGUCAGGGACCUGCUGGACUUCGCGCGGUGGGCAGGUGUGAGGUGAGGACGGCGCGGGCUGUCCGCUGCCACCCACCCACCGCAGAUUCCAUCACCCAGCGCCGCCUAGAUUUUACCUGGGUCUUCUUGAAGGAGAAGGAAUUAACACGGAUCAGUACAGUGUUUGUUUGAUAGGAGGCCAGUGCCAGGGUGGCCCUACUGACGAAAAGGCGUCCUUCGGCGUGGCGCUCAGCGAGUCUGCGCCCAGCACUCACCCAAUGUCGUGUGCGCUGUUGCAAGUCGGAUGAGGGAAGGGACUGACGCGUCCUGCACGCAGAGGGACCAGUUCACUCAAGUGACCCUCAGCACACUGUCGCUGCCGCCGUCGCCUGGAGGAAUCAUCAUCGGGUUCAAAACAUUUUAUACCUGAUACAUUCACCUCGCUUCAUUUUAAUUCUUCAAAUAAAGAGUUUUAGUUUUACUGUCCUGUCCCGACAGAGUAACACAGUUUGCCUCAUCACCGGAGCGCUUGCUUGAUUGUUGGUGUGGACGCGGCUCGCCGGCACGCCUCGCCCCGCCCCGCCCCGUCCCGCCCCGCCCAUCCCGGCACCACCUGAGGCAGGCUGCAUGCCCAGCUGUGCCGUGGUGUGGGCUCCCGGGUCAGCGGCUCCAAAGUACUUACCUCCUCGCGCUGCGCUAUUUAUUGUUACUACUAAGCCAGAUAAUGCUGCUAGUGUUUGGGAAGUGCAAAACAAAAGUAAAAGUAAUAUAUUUUUUUAUUUUAGGAAGGAGAGUUUAUUAUUUACAGGACAAAACUCAGAUUCUUUUACGGUAAUGUUUGUACAUAAUAGUUUGAAUAAUAAAAUUAUUCAUCCUUUUUGUG